CUGAUUCCUCACUCGCGUGGCUCCACUGGUUCCACCCAAACACCUCCCUUCUGGAGAGUGCAAUGGUGCAUGCGGUUCCCGCGGUCACGUGACGCCGUGACGCUCGCUGGAGGUGCUCCACCGCGAUGAACCCUGCUGCCUGGCAUGGCCAACGACCAAGUCAGAUGCCGAUGCCAGUGAGGGUGUCUCACUUUCCUCAGGUACCGCAGUCGACUUCGGCUGUCACACACUACCGUGUUGUGAGACCUGCUGCUUACCCGGUGCGAACGGCGGCUCCAGCGCAUGCCUCGCCGCCCACGCGGCUCUGGCGCAUGCUGCGCGUCGGGGCUGCAGCAGUGCAGGUCAUGGAGGAGCCGUCGAUGCAAUCCAAGCGCUUGCCUUGGGUGGUGCAGCAGCCAGGAGACGUUGUUCUGACUUCAGGCCGCACACACGGUGACUGGGUUGAGCUUCUCUUUGCCCACCUCCGAAAAGGUUGGGCUCCGUUAAGUUCCUUUGUACCACACGGCCUGGGCGGCUACCAUGGCGAUGGCUUGUAUGACGGUGCCAACAGGGCGAUCCGGCAGCAUCAAAGCGAGAUGCAGCACAUCCACCUAGAACCCAACCUGCCGGAGCCUGCCUUGCGCGCGCCUUCCAAGAGCUUCCACCUGCAGAAGGAGGCUUGGCAGGCGUACGUGUGGCUGCCCGAGCUUGCCUCUCCUGGCCCUUUGCCUUUGCUUGUGGCCUUUCAUGGCUCGAGGCCCAUGGACUGGGAUUUCCUGUCCUUCGCAGAACGGUGGCAGAAGGAUGCAUCAGCAUAUCAGAUUGCCGUCCUUGUGCCGGAAUCGGUGGGUCCCACCUGGGAUUACCUGCUCACCUGCCAACGCCGGGACAUGGAUUUUAUUGAGUAUGCCAUCAAUCAAACCAGAUGCCAAGUGUCCAUCGAUGACCAGCAGAUCGCCAUCAUGGGCAUGUCGGACGGCGCUUCCCUGGCCAUGUCGAUGGCGCUUCGAAACCCGGGCAUCUUUCGGACGGCGCUCGUCCAAGCGACGGGCUUCUUCCAUGACACCGCACCGGACACCUUGAAGCCUCGGGUCUACAUGGAGUACGGCACAGAGGACAAGCUCUUUGGCCCCGACACAGUGGCACGGCCUACCAGAGACCGCUUGCGGGACUUGGGGCGGCUUGGAGAUCGCAAUCGGUUUUUUGUUAGUGCUUUCAAGUGGUGUGAAAGCCUUUGUUGAUAUAUAUAUAAUUAUAGGUGAUUUGAGCCAUGCGAUUUAAAAAAGCGAAGUCGCCCAAAUCGAAUCGCAGGUGCCCCGUGGAGUUUGCCAUGAUUGAUGGCGCAGGACACAUGGUUCAGGAGGAGUUCUUUGGUGCUGCCCUGGACUUUUGGCUUGGGGGUCCAGUCGCCAACACUGAGAAGUUCAAGAAGUGACCCGCCAGCAGGUCGUCAGCAGGUAGUCAUCCCAGUGAGUCAGCAUGAAUGGGGCUCAUCCGGA